CCGUUUUAUUAUUACAAAUCCGGCGCCAACAAUCUAUCGAGUUGUAUCACGUGCGUACCUAUCGAAUACUAUCGAACGUCUGGUAUCGAGAGUUUGGGCUACACGAGCGCUCUCUUGAUCUGUCAUAUAAACUAAGUGCAGUGUACACCUUCUUUCCCAUGUUAUAUUUUUGUGUAUGUAUUAUUAAAAAUAAGUGAAUUUUUUACGUAUUAAAGAUUCUUUUGGAAAAAUUUUUGAUAAAAUGGAUCCAGCAUUAUUGAGGGAACGAGAACUCUUUAAAAAACGAGCCCUAUCUACUCCAGCUGUUGAGAAGAAAAAGAAAGAACAAGAGAAAGAUACCAUUCGAGAUGAUCCACACAAAAAGAAACCAAAACCAUCCAUGGUUUCAACUGGACCAAAAUUGGAUAUGGUUAACUAUAAAACCAUGACCGGUAGUACGCAGUACAAGUUUGGUGUUUUAGCAAAAAUAGUAAAACACAUGAAAGCGAGGCAUCAAGACGGUGAUGAUCAUCCAUUAACUUUGGAAGAAAUUUUAGAUGAAACUAAUCAACUGGAUGUAGGAUCAAAAGUGAAAACGUGGCUUCAGACAGAAGCGUUGUUAAAAAAUCCUAAAAUAGAUGUAACACAGGAUGGUAGAUUCGCAUUUAAAGCUAUGUACAAAAUUAAGGAUAAAAAAUCUUUGUUGAGACUUUUAAAACAACAAGAUUUAAAGGGAUUAGGUGGGAUUUUAUUAGAAGAUAUACAAGAAAGUUUACCACACUGCGAAAAGCAUCUAAAGAGUUUACAAAAUGAAAUAUUACUCAUAACGAGGCCACUUGAUAAAAAGAAAAUAGUUUUCUAUAACGACAAGACAGCGCAGUUUCCUAUCGAUGAAGAAUUUCAAAAAUUAUGGAGAGCUGUGGCAGUAGAUGCAAUGGAUGAUCAAAAAAUAGAUGAGUAUUUAGAGAAACAAGGAAUUAGAUCUAUGCAAGAUCAUGGUCCUAAAAAAUUAGCACCCGUUAAAAGAAAGAAACCAAAUAAUAGGAGAAAACAAUUUAAAAAGCCGAGAGACAAUGAACAUUUAGCAGAUGUUUUAGAAAUUUACGAUGACACUAAAUAAAUAACGAAUAUCAAAUUCGUUAUUAUCUGUAAAUAUAGUAUAAUUGUAAAAAUGAUAAUAUCCUAUGAAAGAUUAUGGAUCUUAAAUCUAAUAAGAUAAAAUUAACAUAUCGCUUCAUUGCUAUAAUAAAUAAGUAAAAUAUUUAUUUCACAUUUUCUUAUUGUAAGUAAAAAAUAAAUAUAUAGGUCAAUCGUUAGAAUCUAUAACUCUUACCAACAAUUUUUCGUGUAUAUAUGUUUGCGUUUAUAUAAGAUCAGCCUUUAUGAAGCCUAAUCGAUGUGAUUUAUAAAAUCGUUAAUUUAUUAACACUUUGAUGGUGUUUUUUCUUGUUUAUAAUAAUGUAUCGAUAAUUUAUUUUAGAACGAGUCGAUGUUUUUAAUACAAACCACUACUUACACUUUCGAUAGAUUUACGAGCUAUACAAAAAUAUACAGCCUUUUAUAAAAAA